AUGAGGAGCAGCCACCUACAUCUGAUCCAGCUCCUGUGUGUAUUGCUCCCCCUGCUGGCCAGUGAAGGAUGUCCCACCCACUGCACAUGCCACAAGGGGGUGGUGAACUGUGGCGGCUGCAGGCUCACCAGUGCCAGCCUGCCCUCUGCUUUCCCCCCCGAUACCACCCAGAUCCAUCUCCAUGACAACCAGCUCACCUCUCUGCCCAAUGGGCUGCUGGAUGGGCUGGCUCAGCUGCGCUGGGUUUCGCUGCACGGCAACCCCUGGGUGUGCGACUGCGCUGUGCUCUAUCUGCGCAGCUGGCUCCUGAAGCACAAAGAGCACACCCUCUACCACAACAUCACCUGCAGUUCCCCACCGGGCCUGCAGGGGAGGCUGGUCAUGUAUCUUGUGGAGGAAGAAGUGCUGGACUCCUGCCAGUACUGGUAUUGUAACCUAGCCCUGGCCUCUCAGAUUGUGCUGUUCCUCUUAAUCGGCGUGCAGGCCAUCCUGCUGGCCUUCCUCAUUUACUUCCUUCGCCGCUACGAGAGGCUGUCGCGCGUGGCCCGGCGCACUGUGGAGGAGAGCUUUGCAGGCGGGGAGGCUGAAAACGAGUAUGUCCCGCUGAAAGACAGAUCGGCCUGAGGGGGGUUCAGGGCUAAGGCAGCACAUGGUGGUAUAAGCAGUUGCCUAGGGUGCCAUCAGUAUGAGGGGGAUGCCAAAUGUAGGGAGAAAAAUGGUGUCUCGUUGCAUUUAUGGUUGUCUUUGAAACCCCUUGUUCUGCAAUCACUACCCCCCACGUUCACAAUGA